AUGGUACGCACCAAUGAGACGUGGAUUAUGGCGGAGGAGGAGAGACCGCACAAACUACAGAAGUUGAACCACAUGAGCAGCGGGGCUGAAAAUGACGCGCAAGCCGCAGUCGCCUUCUCAACGCCUUUGACGGACGAAACGACGCCGGAAGACAGUCCCGUGGUUGAAGAACAAUCCCCGGAGCCAAACGACGAUAAGGGAGCGGCGGCUGAAGUGCUUGAAGAUGGACUCGCCGAGACUACUGCCAGCCAAGUUUUAUCCAAGAACCAGCUAAAGAAGCUCAAGCAAAAAGAACGGUGGGAAGCCGGUCGAGAAUGGCGCAAGGAAAGGCGGAAAGAGAAAAUGAAAGCGAAAAAGGAGCGCGUACGAGCUGCAAAAGCGCAAUCGGUACAGGGGGCUCCGGCGGCUUCUGAAGAGCAUGAACAGCAGGACCGCGUGCCAUCCGGUAGAAUUACACUUCGCGAGCUGCGGAAAAAGGACGAUGGCCGCUCUGUUGUGCUUCCGAUCACGCUCUUGCUGGAUUGCGAUUUCGAUGACCUUAUGUUGGAUAAAGAACGCAAGUCUUUGGCAUCCCAGAUUACCCGUUCAUACUCGGAUAAUUCUCGGUCCAAAUAUAGAGCGCACCUGGUGGUGUCGUCGUUCAAUAAGCUGCUAAAAGAACGAUUUGAUACUGUGCUGGCGAAACAAUACGAGCGUUGGAAAGGCGUCACCACCACGGAGGAUGAUUUUGUUCAGGCGGCGGAGGCGGCGCAAGCUCGAAUGAAGCACCCGAAAGGUGGAAGACUGGCAGGCAUGUUUUCUACUAAAGCCGACGUUGAUAAGUCUACGUUAGAGGAAGAAGGAGAGAUUGUUUACCUAUCGAGUGACAGCCCGGACACCUUGACCGAGUUGAAACCCUACAGCACCUACAUUAUCGGAGGCUUGGUGGAUAAGAAUCGGCACAAGGGAAUCUGCUACAAGAGGGCCACAGAAAGAGGGAUUAAAACAGCCAAAUUGCCCAUUGGGGACUUUAUGCAGAUGUCUAGCCGUUUUGUUUUGGCGACGAAUCAUGUCGUCGAAAUCAUGCUUCGGUGGCUUGAAUUGGGCGAUUGGGGUCAGGCGUUUGAUCGCGCCAUACCGAAGAGGAAGGGCGGCACGCUGAAGGCCGAUGUUGACGACGAAGAUAAAAAGGAUACGAGCAAUGAUAGCCAGGGAGAGGAGCAAGAUCGUAGCGAGAGUGGUGGAGCGUCUCUACCUGCCGGUGAGAACAUAUAUGAUUUUGAAGGCUUCCUCUCCCAUUGUCAUGCAGACUCAAAAAAGCCAGCUGCUGCUUUUGAGGAUAUCAAAAUAACUCAGUUGAAGGCGCAUCAUAUUGGCGAAUCCACAGUCAUGUUUAUGCUCAGAAACGUGAGCAAGUUCCUUUUUGGCGACACUGCCAAAGAAUCCAUUAUCGAAAUUCCCCAGGGCCAGCUUUAUAUCGUGAGACCACUGUCGCCCAAAGGAUAUUCGGAACUCAUUUUCAAAGACGCAGCUGCCAGCAUAAGGCGGACAGGCCAAGAAUUCCAAUACCAGCUAGUGAUACAGCGUGCAUUUGAAGAGGGCGAAGAGGAGCUUGCGGACGAAGAGAGCGAAGGAGCUGAUGCAGAAGGCCUUGGUGGCGACAAGGACGAAAAAACCUUUCUGUUAGAUCAAAGUCUUCAUUUUCGGUCUGAAGUACGUGACGGAGGAGAAAAAGUGCUAGCUUGGCGGGAUCUGAGUGGUGACCCGGGUGAUCUUUACGAAUUCGUUUGCGACCCGACGACAUCCUUGGAUAAAGUCGCAACGUUUGUUCUUGCCGCAGUCCAGAGCCAAUACGAGCGAAAAUACCGGCAAAGUGCACAGAAGGCUACUGAAGCGCAACUCCAAGAGUUCUCAUUUGAGGAAGAAAGCCCCAUACCCAACGCGAGCCCUGUUACGAGCCCAGUGACUCCAACAUCGAAAGAAUCAGCAGCAGCCAUGGCCAAAGAGGUUGUGACAAACAAGGAGAAAGCUCCCGCACAAGGCCAAACCCAAGCGCCCCCCGCUGCGGUGCACCCCAAUGCGAUUGAGAUUCUUGCUGAAGAAACCGCGGAGCUGCAUCUUUUUGAUUUCAACUCUGGCACAUUCAUAUUACAGGAUCACCGAGUCACAGCGACGAUUUCAGAAAUUGGAACCUGGCAGUAUUGGCUACAAAUAAGCGGAGCCGAACGGGAAUGGCUAGGACAGCCUAUUAUAGCAGAUCUCAACCCAGUGUUCAACUUCGAAUACCUUUCGUUCAUAUUUAACCAUUAUACAGAGGAUGGAUCGGCAUAUUCCUGGCUGUUACGAUUCAAGGAUCAAACUACUGAAGAGCGAUUUCAAGAAGGCUUGAUGCAGGCCCUAUGGGAGCAUUUACAUGAAUUGAAAUGGUCCAAAACUAAGGUCGAUGAGCGUGACUACGUUUUGGAGGCGUUCAAUGAACUCACCAUGGAGGAUGUUCCAGAGGAACCUGAAGAGGAAGAAGAAGAAGAAGAGGAAGAAGAAGUGGAAGAAGCUGACGAUGGCCAACGCAGCGAGCAUUACGAUUCAGAUGAGGACGCUGAUGAUGUCGUGACUAAAGAAGACGAUGGGAACGUCAACUCGCAGCUUGCCGUUGGAUACAAACACGAUAGGUCCUUUGUCGUGCGCGGCUCAAAGAUUGGAGUCUUCAAACAUACGCCUAAUAACAAUUUGGAAUUCUCUACCAACAUAUCAAAGGUUGAAACUUCAAAGGGCAAACUUUUCAGCCCUAAGAAGGUCAUGCUCCACGCUGAAGAUUCGAAUAUGAUCCUCCAGAAUGAACAGGAGCCGAACACAUUGUACCGAAUGGAUCUUGAAUACGGGAAGGUCGUGGAUGAAUGGAAAGUCCAUGACGAUAUUCCUGUCACAAAUUUUGCUCCAGAAAACAAAUUCUCCCAAAUGACGUCUCAUCAACCAUUUUUGGGUAUUUCACGCAAUGCACUCUACCGGAUUGAUCCUCGAUUGGCAGGCAACAAGCUUGUUGAUGCCGAUUUGAAACAAUAUGCCAGCAAGAAUGACUUCUCUGUGGCUGCAACAACAGAAAAGGGAUACAUUGCUGUUGCAUCAAAUAAAGGAGAUGUUCGCUUGUUUGAUCGUCUAGGAAUAAACGCGAAGACACACCUUCCAGCGUUAGGCGAACCUAUCAUUGGCCUAGACGUGUCCGCGGACGGGCGUUGGGUUUUAGCUACAUGUCGGACCUACCUCCUCCUUAUCGAUGCUCUUCAGAAGGAGGGCAAAAACGAAGGCAAGCUCGGCUUCGAAAGAGCCUUUGGAAAGGAUUCCAAACCUCAACCACGCCGUCUUGGGCUCCAGCCUGCUCACGUCGCUCAAUUCCAACACGAGACUGGUGCUCCGCUAUCUUUCACCCCUGCCCGCUUCAACACUGGUCUUGACUCGAAUGAAACAUCUAUAAUCACAGCCACCGGGCCAUUUAUCAUCACCUGGAAUAUGAAGAAAGUUUUAUUGGGCAGAAAGGACCCUUAUAUAAUCAAACGAUACGCUGAAGAGGUCAAGGCCGAUAACUUCAAGUUUGGAAGCGAUAAGAAUGUUAUCGUCGCCCUUCCUAAUGAGGUCAAUAUGGUCGCGAAACAGAGCUUCCGGAAACCGACUAGAGAGAGCAUUGCAGCCCCGCCUGUUACGCCUUCAAGGUUCGGAAGAAGAACGAGUGCACGGCUGGGGAGAAAUGAGAUCGUGAACAGUCCAUAUUAA